AUGGGCGUGGAGGAAGAGGAUGAAGAAGCCACCAUGCAGCCUGCCAAGGGCUCCUAUCCUAAAAGUCCCCCAGAUGCUGCACCCAGGCAGGUGCCAGGCCUGUGCCGGGGUGAAGUUGACUUUGGAGGAUCUGGGAAGAAGAGAGGCAAGUUCGUGAAGGUGCCCAGCAGUGUGGCUCCCUCUGUGCUCUUCAACCUGCUGCUCACCAAGUGGCACCUGCCAGCCCCCAACCUGGUAGUAUCCCUGGUGGGCGAGGAGCAAGCCUUCCCCAUGAAGGCCUGGCUGCGGGACGUGCUGCGCAAGGGGCUGGUAAAGGCGGCUCAGAGCACUGGUGCCUGGAUCCUGACCAGUGCCCUCCGUGUGGGCCUGGCCCGGCAUGUCGGGCAGGCUGUGAGUGACCAUUCCCUGGCUAGCACAUCGACCAAGGUUCGCGUGGUGGCCAUCGGCAUUGCUUCCCUAGGCCGCAUUCUGCACCAUCGGCUUCUGGACGAUGCCCAGGAGGACACCCCCAUUCACUACCCUGAGGACGAUGGUGGCAGCCAGGGCCCCCUCUGCCCUCUGGACAGCAAUCUCUCCCACUUCAUCCUGGUGGAGCCGGGCACUCCUGGGAAGGGGGAUGACCUGGCAGAGCUGCGGCUGAGGCUGGAGGAGCACAUCUCCCAGCAGAGGACGGGCUAUGGGGGCACCAGCAGUAUCGAGAUUCCUGUUCUUUGCCUGCUGAUCAAUGGUGACCCCAGCAUCCUGGAGCGGAUGUCCAGGGCUGUGGAGCAGGCUGCCCCAUGGCUGAUCCUGGCAGGCUCAGGGGGCAUUGCCGACGUGCUUGCUGCCCUGGUGAACCAGCCCCACCUCCUGGUGCCCCAGGUGGCUGAAAAGCAGUUGAGAGAAAAGUUUCCGGGGCAACAUUUCUCCUGGGAGGCCAUCAUGCAUUGGACCAAAUUGCUGCAGCAUAUCACAUCGCACCCGCACCUGCUCACUGUAUACGACUUCGAACAGGAGGCCUCUGAGGACUUGGACACGGUCAUCCUUAAGGCACUGGUGAAAGCCUGCAAGAGUCACAGCCAAGAGGCCCAGGACUACCUGGAUGAGCUGAAGCUGGCUGUGGCCUGGGACCGCGUGGACAUCGCCAAGAGUGAGAUCUUCAGCGGGGAUGUGGAGUGGAAGUCCUGUGAUCUGGAGGAGGUGAUGAUGGAUGCCCUGGUCAGCAAUAAGCCCGAGUUCGUGCGUCUCUUCGUGGACAACGGCGCCGACAUGGCAGACUUCCUGACUUACGGGCGGCUGCAGCAGCUGUACCGCACCGUGGCCCCCAAGAGCCUGCUCUUCCGCCUGCUGCAGCACAAGCUCGAGGAGGGCCGGCUGGCAUUGGCUGGCCUGGGUGCUCAGCAGUCCCGGGAGCUGCCCUCUGGGUCACCUGCCUUCUCACUGCACGAGGUGUCCCGUGUGCUCAAGGAUUUCCUGAAGGAUGCCUGCCGUGGUCUCUAUCAGGACGGCUGGGCAGCCAGCCGGAGGACGGUGGACAGGGGCCCAGCCAAGAGGCCCAUGGGCCAGAAGUGGCCGCUGGAUCUCAGCCAGAAAAGCAAGGACCCCUGGCGGGACCUGUUUCUGUGGGCUGUGCUACAGAACCGCCAUGAGAUGGCCACCUACUUCUGGGCCAUGGGCCAGGAAGGGGUAGCAGCGGCUCUGGCUGCCUGCAAAAUCCUCAAGGAAAUGUCCCGCCUGGAGACGGAAGCUGAAGUGGCCCGCACUAUGCGGGAGGCCAAGUACGAGCAGCUGGCCCUGGACCUCUUCUCCGAGUGCUACAGCAACAGUGCAGACCGUGCCUUCGCACUGCUGGUGCGCAGGAACCGCAGCUGGAGCAGGACCACCUGCCUGCACCUGGCCACUGAGGCGGACACCAAGGCCUUCUUUGCCCAUGAUGGCGUGCAGGCUUUCCUGACCAAGAUCUGGUGGGGGGACAUGGCCACGAGCACCUCCAUCCUGCGGCUUCUGGGUGCCUUCACCUGUCCUGCUCUCAUCUACACCAACCUCAUCACCUUCAGCGAGGAGGCCCCACUAAGGACCGGCCUGGAGGACCUGCAGGAACUGGACAGCCUGGACAUGGAGCAGAGCUUGCUGUGCAGCCCAGGUCACCGGGCAGAAGAAUCAGUGGAGGUGCCUGGGGCUCACGGAAGCCGAGGCCCACGAGCUGCCUUCCUGCUCACACGCUGGCGGAAGUUCUGGGGUGCCCCAGUGACCGUGUUUCUGGGGAAUGUGGUCAUGUACUUCGCGUUCCUUUUCCUGUUUACCUAUGUCCUGCUGAUGGACUUCAAGAAGCCUCCUCAGGGACCAUCAGGACCUGAGGUCACCCUCUAUUUCUGGGUCUUCACACUGGUGCUAGAGGAAAUCCGGCAGGGCUUCUUCACAAAUGAGGACACACACCUGGUGAAGAAGUUCUCUCUGUAUGUGGAGGACAACUGGAAUAAGUGUGACAUGGUGGCCAUCUUCCUGUUCAUCGUGGGCGUCAUAUGCAGGAUGCUGCCCUCGGUAUUCGAAGCUGGACGCACAGUGCUUGCCAUUGAUUUCAUGGUGUUCACGCUACGGCUCAUCCACAUCUUUGCCAUCCACAAGCAGCUGGGACCCAAGAUCAUCAUCGUGGAGCGGAUGAUGAAAGAUGUCUUCUUCUUCCUCUUCUUCCUGAGUGUGUGGCUCGUGGCCUAUGGCGUGACCACCCAGGCCCUGCUGCACCCCAACGAUGGCCGCCUGGAGUGGAUUUUCCGCCGUGUGCUCUACAGGCCCUACCUGCAGAUCUUUGGACAGAUCCCGCUGGAUGAGAUUGACGAAGCCCGUGUGAACUGCUCUGUCCACCCCCUGCUGAUGGAGAACUCAUCCUCCUGCCCCAAUCUCUAUGCCAAUUGGCUGGUCAUCCUUCUGCUGGUCACCUUCUUGCUGGUCACCAAUGUGUUACUCAUGAACCUGCUCAUCGCCAUGUUCAGUUACACAUUCCAGGUGGUGCAGGGCAAUGCGGACACCUUUUGGAAGUUCCAACGCUACCACCUCAUCGUGGAAUACCAUGGGCGCCCUGCACUGGCCCCGCCCCUCAUCCUCCUCAGCCACUUGAGCCUGGUGCUCAAACAGGUCUUCCGGAAGCCAGCCCAGCAAAAGCGGGAGCACCUGGAGAGAGACCUGCCAGACCCCCUGGACCAGAAGAUUGUCACCUGGGAGACUGUUCAGAAGGAGAACUUUCUAAGCAACAUGGAGAAGAGAAGACGUGACAGUGAGGGCGAGGUGCUUCGGAAAACUGCCCACAGGGUGGACUUGGUUGCCAAAUACCUUGGAGGGCUGAGAGAGCAAGAGAAGCAGAUCAAAUGUCUGGAGUCACAGGUAAACUACUGCACACUGCUUCUGUCCUCCAUGGCAGAGACGCUGGCCCCAGGUGGUGCCUACUGGAGUUCUCAGAAAUGUGCGGGCAGGAGCUGGAAGGUCCCUGCAGGCCAUGGAGUGAGUCCUGGUGGCCAGGAGCACCGAGAGGCUGGCUGUCCACCCUCAGACACCUAAGCUACAUGGCCUGCCACACCACAUGGCUAACUGUCCUGGAGGCCCAGGCCUGGCUUACAAGUAGCCAUCAUGGGCUUUGGGGACACAUCCUCUCCACCUCAAAGUGACAGGCUAAUCACACACCACCUGUGCCUGGACAGCCUCAUGUCAAUGAAUCGUCCGUCUCCUGGCACCCCAGGGUGACAAAGGAUUGAGGGGUGGCUCUCCUGGCAGGAACAAUUGUCCUCUAUCUGGAGCCCCACUGGCCUAGACUGGGCAGCAAUCUCUGACCAAGCACCUGAAAUGGAGGAGUCUGUUCAGGGUGGGGUUGUUUUGGGGCCUGUUCCCGUGCCAACCUGUUUCUGACAGGUGACUGACCUUUCUUUGAAAUGCUAGUGGUUACAAUUUCUGUCCCUUUAAAAUCCAAAUGACUUGGGUCACCUGA